AUGAAUCCAAAUUUCGUCUUAAAUCUUAAUGAUUCUCAAGAUUAUCAAAACUUUCAAAGUUAUGAAACCUCACAGUUUUUCGCAAAUCCCAAUCAAUUUCCCAUCAAUGAAAAUGUUCAAACCUCACAAAAUACCAGAAAAAAUCCAAGAGGUGAUAAAUGGGAUGCUGAUGAAGAUAUCGCUUUAAUGUCAGCAUAUUGUAUCGUUAGUGAAGAUGAGAGACGUGGAAAAAAACAAAAGAAAACAUCAAUAUGGGCACAAGUGAAGGAGCUAUAUGAUGCAAAUCAGGCAGAAAACCUAGGAAAGAUUGGUAACAGGAACAUAUCUCAAAUGAAAGGUCGUUAUAAACGACUUAAUGAAAGUGUCAGCAAAUGGGUUGGUGUUUACCCAGAAGCAUAUCGAAAAAGAAGAAGUGCAAUGACUAUGAAAGAUUUUGAGAACGAAGCUCAUAAAUUGUAUGAGACAAGUGGAGGCAAGUUCAAUGACACAAUUGUUUUUAAUCAGGUUAUGUGUAAACAUCGAAAAUGA